UUAAGUGACUAGGUCUGAUAAAGGGGGGCCAAGUAAGAGGAUGGUUUGUUUAGUGGUUGAACAAGGAAUUGGCGUCGAAGGAAACUAAAUCCCCUUCAUCCGCUUACGCUCUCUAAUCGCUAGUCUUGGAUCACAGUAGCAUGACUCUGAUGACUCCUCCGCCGUUAGAUCAGCAGCAGGAGGACGAUGAGAUGUUAGUCCCGCACAGCGACUUCGUGGAAGCUCCUCAGCCUAUGGAAGUUGCAGCAGCUGAUGAUCCUCCGUCGGCGAGGUUCACUUGGACCAUCGACAACUUCUCAAGGCUUAAUACCAAGAAGCUUUACUCUGAUGUUUUUGCUGUUGGGGGCUACAAAUGGCGGAUUCUUAUUUUUCCCAAGGGCAACAAUGUCGACCAUUUGUCCAUGUAUCUCGACGUUGCGGAUUCUACAACUUUGCCAUACGGCUGGAGUAGAUAUGCUCAAUUUAGUUUGUGUAUUGCCAAUCAAUUACAUCAAAAGUACUCCAUCCGCAAAGACACACAACAUCAAUUCAAUGCACGUGAGAGUGAUUGGGGAUUCACUUCAUUCAUGCCACUUGGGGAAUUGUAUGACCCUGGUAGAGGCUAUCUUGUUAAUGACUCAUGCAUAGUGGAGGCUGAUGUUGCUGUCCGCAAGGUCGUUGAUUACUGGUCUCAUGAUUCUAAAAAGGAGACUGGUUAUGUUGGGCUUAAGAACCAAGGAGCUACUUGCUAUAUGAACUCUCUCCUUCAAACCCUGUACCAUAUUCCCUAUUUUAGAAAGGCUGUGUAUCAUAUGCCAACAACUGAAAAUGAUAUGCCAUCAGGGAGCAUUCCUCUAGCUUUGCAAAGUUUGUUCUAUAAGCUUCAGUAUAGUGACACUAGUGUAGCAACAAAAGAGUUGACAAAAUCAUUUGGCUGGGACACAUAUGAUUCUUUUAUGCAGCAUGAUGUGCAAGAACUUAAUAGGGUUCUUUGUGAAAAGCUUGAAGAUAAAAUGAAGGGGACAGUUGUGGAGGGCACAAUACAACAAUUAUUUGAAGGCCACCAUAUGAAUUAUAUUGAGUGCAUCAAUGUAGACUAUAAAUCGACGAGAAAGGAAUCAUUUUAUGAUCUUCAACUUGAUGUCAAAGGCUGUCGGGAUGUUUAUGCUUCUUUUGACAAAUAUGUAGAGGUGGAGCGCCUUGAGGGUGACAAUAAAUAUCAAGCGGAACAACAUGGACUCCAGGAUGCUAGAAAGGGUGUCCUGUUUAUUGACUUCCCACCUGUUCUUCAACUUCAGCUGAAACGGUUUGAGUAUGAUUUCAUGCGGGAUACUAUGGUAAAGAUAAAUGACCGCUAUGAAUUCCCUUUGCAACUUGAUCUUGAUAAAGAAGAUGGUAAAUACUUAUCUCCUGAGGCAGACAGAAGUGUCCGAAACCUGUAUACUCUCCACAGUGUUUUAGUUCAUAGUGGCGGUGUGCAUGGUGGGCACUACUAUGCUUAUAUUCGGCCAACCCUCUUGGAUCAAUGGUAUAAAUUUGAUGAUGAGCGGGUAACUAAAGAAGAUAUGAAAAGGGCACUAGAGGAGCAGUAUGGCGGUGAGGAAGAGUUACCGCAAGCAAAUCCUGGCUUCAACAACUCACCCUUCAAGUUUACAAAAUAUUCAAAUGCUUAUAUGCUUGUAUAUAUACGUGAAAGUGACAAGGAAAAGAUAAUUUGUAAUGUGGACGAGAAGGACAUUGCAGAACACCUGAGGAUAAGGCUGAAGAAAGAACAAGAAGAGAAGGAACAGAAGAGAAAAGAAAAAGCAGAGGCUCACUUGUAUACUAUUAUAAAGGUUGCUCGUAGUGAGGAUCUACUUGCACAGAUUGGGAAGAACAUUUAUUUUGAUCUAGUGGAUCAUGACAAAGUUCGUAGUUUCCGUAUCCAGAAACAGACGUCCUUUAAUCAAUUCAAGGAAGAGGUUGCCAAAGAGUUUGGUAUAUCAGUUCAUUGUCAACGUUUUUGGUUGUGGGCAAAACGCCAAAACCACACAUAUCGGCCGAAUCGACCGCUAACUCUUCAGGAGGAAGCACAAUCUGUUGGACAAUUGAGAGAGGUUUCUAAUAAAGCGAAUAAUGCGGAGCUGAAGUUGUUCCUUGAAGUUGAGCUUGGACAAGAUUUGCAGCCUACCCCUCCACGUGAGAAAACUAAAGAGGAUAUCCUCCUCUUCUUCAAACUCUAUGAUCCAUCUAAAGAGGAGCUCCGAUAUGUUGGGAGGUUGUUUGUAAAGGGGGCUGGCAAGCCGUUGGAGAUAUUGAUGAAGCUAAAUGAAUUGGCUGGCUUUGCUUCUGAUCAAGAGAUUGAACUUUAUGAGGAAAUAAAAUUUGAACCUAAUGUCAUGUGCGAACACAUUGACAAAAAGCUUACAUUUCGUGCUAGUCAGCUUGAAGAUGGAGAUAUCGUUUGCUUUCAGAAACCCCCUCAAGUCGGAAGUGGUGAACAAUUUCGUUACCCUGAUGUGCCAUCGUUUCUUGAAUAUGUGCAUAAUCGUCAGGUUGUUCGGUUUAGAUCUUUGGAGAAACCGAAGGAGGAUGAAUUCAGCCUCGAGUUAUCAAAGCUCCACAAUUAUGAUGAUGUUGUUGGAAAAGUUGCUCACCAUCUUGGCUUAGAUGACCCAUCCAAAAUUAGGCUUACUUCUCAUAAUUGUUAUUCUCAACAACCUAAACCUCAACCUAUCAAGUACAAGGGAGUUGAUCAUUUAUCUGAUAUGCUGGCCCACUAUAAUCAGACAUCCGACAUCCUAUACUACGAGGUACUGGAUAUCCCUCUUCCAGAACUGCAAGGCUUGAAAACCCUGAAAGUUGCUUUUCAUCAUGCCACCAAGGAUGAGGUGGUGAUUCAUACUAUUAGAUUGCCAAAACAGUGCACCGUAGGUGAUGUUAUUUCUGACCUUAAGACAAAGGUCGAGUUAUCUCAUCCCAGUGCAGAGCUUAGAUUGCUUGAGGUUUUCUACCACAAGAUUUACAAGAUCUUUCUGCACAAUGAAAAAAUUGAGAAUAUCAAUGAUCAAUACUGGACAUUACGAGCAGAAGAGAUUCCAGAAGAGGAAAAAAAUCUUGGUCCUAAUGAUCGAUUGAUUCAUGUCUAUCAUUUUAUGAAAGACCCGGCUCAGAAUCAGCAAAUUCAGAAUUUUGGGGAACCGUUUUUUCUAGUCAUCCAUGAGGGUGAAACAUUAGGUGAAGUUAAGCUGCGGAUACAGAAAAAACUGCAGGUUCCUGAUGAGGAGUUCAUUAAGUGGAAGUUUGCAUUUUUGUCACUGGGGCGUCCCGAGUAUCUUCAAGAUUGCGAUAUUGUAUCGAGUCGGUUUCAGAAAAGGGAUGUGUAUGGUGCUUGGGAGCAGUAUCUUGGGCUGGAGCACUCUGACAAUGCUCCUAAAAGGUCAUAUUCGGCUAAUCAGAAUCGGCACACAUUUGAGAAGCCGGUCAAAAUCUACAAUUAGUACUCAUACAGGCAUUUGAGCAGUGUUGCAAAUUAUAAUUAGGAGAGAGCUGAGUGUAAUUCUUUGAUGUAGGGUAUAGUUUUUUUUGACUCAAUUCUGUUUGUAAUUUUAUUAGUACAUAAGAUUUUGUUGUAUAGAGGGUAUAGGUGUGUAUACUUGAUUUUCCGUGUUGUGUUUUAUUUCUAUGCCUGUAUAAUAAUAAAGCUUUCAUCUGAGACUUGCUGCUGCAAAUACCAAACGAAUUUUGAUACCAA